CCACACUAACUCUCUCUCUCUCGUCUCUUCGAACACUUCAAAAAACAUAGCAACUUCACUUCUUCUUCUUCUUCCUUCCUCCUAGUUCCUCGUUUGAUCCCAUUCUCUUUUACCUCCUCCUCUGUUCUGAACAUCCCCUGUUUUUAAUUUUCUCUGUUUUAUAUAAAAUGGUGAGCCAAAACGUCGUCGUAUCAGACGCCAAGACCGGGAUCAUAACGGUAUCUACAGUCUCUAACUCCUCUGUCUUUACUCCUUCCGCUCAAAAACCACCGACUGCUCAUGGUUACAUCUCCAUCUCCAAGAAAAAACUCCUCAAAAACCUUGAAAUCAAUGGAGCUCAAAGUCAAAGACUUAACUCUUGGGUUGACUCCAUGAGAGCUUCUUCUCCUACCCAUCUCAAAUCACUCUCCUCUUUCUCUUCCGAAGAAGAACACAAUUCUUGGAUCAAACGACAUCCAUCCGCGCUUGACAUGUUCGAAAGAAUCAUCGAAGAAGCAAGAGGAAAACAGAUCGUCAUGUUUCUUGAUUAUGACGGUACUCUUUCUCCGAUAGUCGAUGAUCCAGACAGAGCCUUCAUGACUAGCAAGAUGAGAAGGACAGUGAAAAAAAUGGCCAAAAGUUUUCCAACUUCUAUUGUUACUGGUAGAUGCAUAGACAAGGUUUAUAGCUUUGUGAAGCUAGCAGAAUUGUAUUAUGCUGGAAGCCAUGGGAUGGAUAUUAAAGGCCCAACGAAAGGUUUCUCAAGAUACAAUAAGGAUAAACCAUCAGUUCUUUACCAACCAGCCGGCGACUUUCUUCCCAUGAUCGAUGAGGUUUAUAAACAAUUAGUGGAGAAAACCAAAUCAACACCAGGAACCAAAGUGGAGAACAACAAGUUCUGUCUUUCUGUUCACUUCCGUUGUGUCGACGAGAAGAAAUGGAGCGAACUAGCUCUAAAAGUUCGGUCGGUGGUAAAUAACUAUCCGACGCUGAAACUGUCUCAAGGUCGAAAGGUUUUUGAAAUCCGACCUAUGAUUAAAUGGGACAAAGGCAAGGCUCUUGAGUUUUUGUUAGAGUCACUCGGAUUUGAGAACUGUAACGAUGUAUUUCCGAUUUACAUUGGCGAUGAUAAAACCGAUGAAGAUGCAUUUAAGCUGCUACGGGAGAGAGGACAAGGCUUUGGUAUUCUUGUCUCCAAGUUCCCCAAAGACACCAGUGCGUCGUAUUCUUUGCAAGACCCACCUCAGGUGAUGAAUUUCUUGCAACGGUUGGUGGACUGGAAACAAAUGCAGCAAUAAACGUGGAAGGCGCAAUGAAGUACAUUUAGUAGCUUUUUUAAAUAAAAUGAUCAAAUUCAU